CCCCGACUCAUCCGAGUGGAGCACACGAGGAUGCAUACCUGAGUGGUUCAAUUAUCCCCGUCAGCCUUUUUGCAUCUCCGGUGCGCCUCCUGCCGAUGUCGACCUCCUCUGAUGAAUCGCAUGUCGCCAGGACCGUCAGGGGGAGGCGGAGCUGAUGCCGUGCUCCAUCUUAUGCCUCCAGGGCCUCCUGCGAUGGAGAAACCCCCAUGCCAUCAUGCGAGCUAAUGGACGGGGGAUGCUGCUGCCUGCCCGGCAUAGCGGCACCGGCAUAUGUGACCCUCUCGACCGUGCCGCAGCCGCCUACCCCGCUUCCCGCGCGAGCACCAAGGUGGUCUCCAAGUCCGUCCAAGGCAAGGCUCCGUUCCACCCUGGCGACCAUCGUGCCACCAUCCGCCACGCCCUCACCCGGAGCAAGCAGCAGCAGGACGUCGCCCACAAGACCAAGAGGGAGGCCGCCCUGCCGCACAUCGACCGCCGGCGCCAUCGCGUCCUCUCCCGCAGCGCCGAGUACAAGACGUCCGGCUGGCUGACCACCCUCCCGUCGACAGACAACAACACUGGUCUUGAUGCUGCGGAGUUUCGAGAUGCCCUCAACAUGCGUUACGGCCGUCACCCCCCCGGCCUCGCUGCACGCUGCGACCACUGCAACCAGCCCCUCACCGUCGACCAUGCGCUGUGCUGCAAGCGGUACGGCCUGGUGAUUCGUCGCCACGACGAGCUGCGGGACACUUUUGCCGAGCUGAUUGGGAUGGCGUGGGGGGACGCUGGUGUGCGUCGGGAGGUGGUGUUGAAGGAGGGAGAGGAGGGGGAGGGUGGGGUCAGGGCGGACAUCGUCGCUCGGGGCGUGUGGGAGCGGCAGGCGGCUGCGUCGUUUGACAUCUGUAUUACGGAUCCUGACGCAACGUCUUACGCUUCCAAGAACCGAUCGACCAAGUCCAUCCUGAAGCAGCACGAGACCGCCAAGAAGAAGAAAUACCGCUCGGCCGUCUGCGACUCCCGCGUGACCUUCUGCCCUCUGGUGGUGACGUGUGACGGUGUGUGGGGACACGAUGCCAACGUGUUCAUCGCCCACAUGGCUCAUGCGCUGUUGGAGAAGGAGGGGUGGAAGGGUCGGGGGUUCAGUCAUGUGUCUGGAUGGAUUCGCUCUCGCUUGUCUAUCGCCCUCGCGCGUGCGACUAGCUUCUGUCUGCGUGGGGGAGGGAGGGGAGGGUUUGGAGGGUUUGCGGGACUGGGGUGUGCUGAUGGGGCGGGGAUUCAUCCCUCCUCCCCUUGAGCCUUGCGUUUGCCGCGCAAGUCUGUGUGUGAGUGCUCCUUCGUCUGCUCUGCCCUCACGCAAGCGGUCAUCGCUCUGCACUCCGUCAAACACGAGAAGCAGCCGCCGAAAGUAGACGCUGCCGUCAACCCCAAUCACCACGACUGUGUCAAUGCAUGAUACAUUCCGCUACGCUGUGUUCACACGUAAGCGCUAAUGGCUUUCCGUUUCGUCAAAAAGAAGAACCAGCCACUGAAAGGUUACACAGUCAUCAACCAUCCAGCCACACAAUCCAUUGUCCACGGCACACUGCUCUACGGUCUGUCCGCACGCAAGCUGCCGUCGCUCUUCGCUUCCGCAAACGAGACCACAGCCACUGAAAACUUGGUCAUUGCUAACCCAACGGCAAUAUCCUUCCACACGCUUGACGGUCUGGUUGAUGAAAUAUACGCCCAUGGACACUGCGAGAGACGAGUUUGCUUCUAAGUGCAAUGGCGCCUUGUUGUUUGCGCAGAAGGUGGCGAACACUGGUGUGUCGGUUACACGGAAUUCGGGGUCUUCUGCUGAUUUUUCUCGGCACUCCCACUCAUCCGCCAUGCUCUCGUCAUGCUGUGUUCGUACGCAAGCCCGAACGUUGACGGCGCCGUGAACCCAGAUCACUACAAUCGUGCUAAUGCAUGGUACAUUUCUCUACGGUGUGAUCACACGCAAGCGCUAAUGGCUCUUCGUUUCGUUAAAAAGAAGAAACAGCCACUGAAAGGCUACACAGUCAUCGACCAUCCAGCCACAAUCCAUCUCCCCCACGGCACACUGCUCUACGUUCUGUCCGCACGCAAGCGGCCGUCGCUCUUCGCCUUCCAAACGAGACCAUAGCCGCUGAAAACUUGCCCACCGCUAUCUCAACCGCAAUCUUUGCGCCCUGUGCAAAAUGUGGCGAACACUGGUGUCGGUUGCACGGGUUUGUUCUCUCGCGAGCUCUCAUUCAUUCGAUGCAAAAACAUGUGUGUUUGAUACAUCGUGUCAUGCUGUGUUUGCACCUUAGCGGCCAUUGCCCUCGCCGUCUUGAGAAAGAGAACCAGUCACCGAAUGUUGGGACAGCUGUGGACCUAAAUCAGCUACCAUAAAAAUAUAUGCCCACGGACACUGCGAGAGACGAGUUUGCUUCUAAGUGCAAUGGCGCCCUGUUGUUUGCGCAGAAGGUGGCGAACACUAGUGUGUCGGUUACACGGAAUUCGUGGUCUUCUGUUGAUUUCUCUCGGGACUCUCAUUCAUUCGAUGCAAAAGCAUGUAUGUCUGAUACAUCCCGUCAUGCUGUGCUUGCACGCCAGCGGCCAUCGCCCUGAAGUAAAGAGAACUAGCAGCCAUGAACCAGGCGCGGGCCACGCCUUCAUAGGCGCGGAUUUCGUCGACAUAGGCGGAGACGCCAGCCUAUAUAGGCCCGAAAAGUACAGCCCGCAUCCGCAUAGGCGCGGAUUUCGUCGAUAUAGACGGAGACGGCAGCCUAUAUAGACGCAGACCUGCCUAUGAAGGCGCCAGACGCGCUUAUAUGGGCGCAUGAAUGGAGGCGGCGAAAGAUCCACCCAUAUAGACGCGCUGCGUCUACAUAGACGGCGCAAUGCAGGCGCGCCUAUAUGGGCGCGUUCUGCGCCGAAGUGUACUUGGUUUGAUCGACUCAAUCGAUUUGCAGCGAACGAGGCCAAGCGGCACCCGGAGAAUGAGACAGCACGUGCUCUCGACCCCACCAGCAAGACGCUGCCAGAGGAGAAGCGGAUGCGCUACAACCACAAGGAAGCGUGUCAGAAACGCUUCAGUGCCAAGGGGGACCCCAUGUACGAGGGGUUCGACUCAGAGGUGUGUGAGCAGUUCUUUCGGUGGCUGAACGGCUUUCGGCACAUUUUUCGGCGCACAACGAUCGAGAUGCUGUGCUUGCUGUAUCAGCACCUGUCGCUGCACAACACGCUGCGAAGGGGUGGGUGGAAGUGACGGACACUGUCUUUUGGCGGCACGUGGGAGGGAGAGGUGACGGGGAGGCGCUUUGGAAGGGUUUCUUGGUUGAGACGAUUGUUCGCCGAAGGUUGGGUUUAGGGUUUCAGCGCAGUGGAAUUAGGGUUUCGGGUUUAGGGUUUAGGGUUUAGGGUUUGGGAGGGUGACUCGGGUUUAGGGCUGGGGUUUAGUUGACUCAGGUUUAGGGUUUAUUGAGUUACCUCCCCGAAAAAUCGCGAAGGGCAGCGAAGCUGCCCUUGAUGUGGGCGCCGAUGUAGGCGCCUCGAUGUCGGCGCCGAUGUAGGCGCCUCGAUGUAGGCGCCUCAAUGUCGGCGCCUCGAUAUCGGCGCCGAUGUAGGCGCCUCGAUGUCGGCGCCGAUAUAGGCGAUCGAGGCGCCUAUGUCGGCGCGGCCCGUCGCUGAUAUAUGUCU